GUUGUGCCGCAACGAACACGCAUGCGCACACAAGGACGAUUUGUUGAGUAUAUCUUUACAAGGGUAUGUUGCCAGUGAUCAUAAGUUGCUGGUCUAGCAAAGUGGAAAGAUGGUUGGGAAAAUUACAUUCGUUUUCGCAGGCGUGAUUGCAGUUUUGCUAUGCGCGGCCGGUACGGAUGCCCUGAAAUGCUACGUAUGCUCGAGCUUAACCGACGCGAACUGCGCAGACACCUUCAAGGCUGACGGCAUUAACACACAGUCUGAUAGCAGCUGCACAGCUUGUCAGAAAAUCAAAGCUGGUGAUGCCGUUUCAAGAGCAUGCGGAGUCGGCUCAGACGGCUGCACAGAGAUCGAGGUUCUUGGCGUUAAGACUGCAACGUGCACAUGCUCAUCGGACCUCUGCAACGCUGCCUACCACGUGACCGUUUCCCUGGCGAUGAUCUUGUUCGGAAUUCUUGCUACGCUGCUUUAGAGCAUCUUAUAAAACUGAUCGUUCAUAUAAUUAAAUUAACAGUAAUUUGUGGAACUCAACAAUAACCAAAAUUUGAAAACUAACAAUUUUAUUUUUUAAAUCUUAACAUUUCUUAUAAGCUGUGACAAGAUAUUAUUGUAUGAUCUAAUCUCGUCAAACAUAUGUGUUUUAAACGUUUGUGUUUUAUCCUGAAAUAAUACAUUUAUAUAUCUGAUUUACAAAACAAAUAAAACACGUAUAGCCUG